AUGCCAUGGAUGAGAUACAUGGAUUACCCAGAAGGGGAAAUGGCCGACGAGUACGUCCCUCAAAGCCAAUUGAAACUGAUACCAGAUUCGCUCGAGCGACUGAAGAGAUAUCAUGUGUUCCAUUACGAGAUCAAGAAUGUACCAAAGAAACUGCUCGAUGCUGCCCCAAUCGGAGUCGAUUUCAAGGUCACCCUCCGCGAUCCCUUCACUGCAGUGCAGAAAAAUAAUAAUUACAACCUGCUCUUUAUUGAACCUGCAGUUCUGGAGAAAGCUCUGACUCGUAAGCUGUUUAUCACGAACAAACCUUCCGAAACUUUUAUCGACGGACGAAAAAUUACAAUCGAUUGGGACAGCAACAUCAUCGAGUAUUUUCAAUUUUCUAAAGUUACCGUUUCUGACGAUGUUGUUACAUUCUAUGGAAAAAAGUCUUCGCGCGGCACCAUUGGCCAGUUCUUCCGAUACGACGGCAAGGAAAUGUUCAAACAACUCGUCGAAGCUAGCAAGUAUCUGUCGAAAGAGUGCCUCGAUAAAAAGGGCAAGAAGAAAAUCAAGAAUCGUCUCAAGGCUUACUUCGCCUUCAAAGUCGUCGAUGGAAGAAUUCGCGUUUUCGACUAUCAAACCGACGAAAACAUCACUAAUGACCCUGUCUGUUUCAAGAAGAUUUUGAAGCGAUAUCUUAGCAAAUAA